UCUUGUUAGGUAUUAAGGAUGGGCAGGAAUAAUGUUGUUGCUGUCUGCCUAGCCCAUUGUGCUUUGAUUCUUCCAUGACUAUGCACUUGAAGAUUAAUGUUUGUGGCAUGUGGAUAAACUCGUCUUUUUUCGCAUACAAUUACCAUUUCAUUUGAGUGUGAAUGAAACCUUUCUCAGCAAGAAGGCUCACUUUGUGCUCAGCAUUGCUUGAAUAACCUACUGCAAGGAGAAUACUUCAGCCCUGUGGAAUUAUCUUCAAUUGCACAUCAGCUAGAUGAGGAAGAGAGGAUGAGAAUGGCAGAAGGAGGAGUUACUAGUGAAGACUAUCGCACAUUUUUGCAGCAGCCUUCUGGAAAUAUGGAUGACAGUGGCUUUUUCUCUAUUCAAGUUAUAAGCAAUGCCUUGAAAGUUUGGGGUUUAGAACUAAUCCUGUUUAACAGUCCAGAGUACCAGAGGCUCAGGAUUGAUCCCAUAAAUGAAAGAUCAUUUAUAUGCAACUAUAAAGAACACUGGUUUACAGUUAGAAAAUUAGGAAAACAGUGGUUCAACUUGAAUUCUCUUUUGACGGGUCCAGAAUUAAUAUCAGACACAUACCUUGCACUUUUCUUGGCUCAGUUACAACAGGAAGGUUACUCUAUAUUUGUUGUUAAGGGUGAUCUGCCAGAUUGCGAAGCUGACCAACUUCUACAGAUGAUCAGGGUCCAACAGAUGCAUCGACCAAAACUUAUUGGAGAAGAAUUAGCACAACUUAAAGAACAGAGAGUCCAGAAAACAGAUCUAGAACGCGUCUUAGAAGUAAAUGAUGGGACAGGAAUGUUAGACGAGGAUGAGGAGGACUUGCAGAGGGCUCUCGCGCUAAGUCGCCAGGAAAUUGACAUGGAAGAUGAAGAAGCCGAUCUCCGCAGGGCCAUUCAGCUCAGUAUGCAAGGUACUUCCAGAAAUAGAUGUCAAGAUAUCCCACAGACAUCGGGUUCACAUCCUACUUCAGAAGAGCUACGGAAGAGAAGAGAAGCCUACUUUGAAAAGCAGCAGCAGCAGCAACAACAAGCUCCACCAGGACAGCUUACGCAUCUGUGUGAAAAGUUGAGCACAAGUUCUGAAGCACCAGACAGUGAUCUAGGUGAUUCUAUGAGUGAAGAAGACAUGCUUCAGGCAGCUGUGACCAUGUCUUUAGAAACUGUUAGAAGUAAUCUCAAAACAGAAGGAAAAAAGUGCACUGUGGCAGUGCCGUUUGCUCAGGACCCAGCUUUGCAGCCGUCGUGCGUGCUCUUCUCUCUGAGUCGUUUUGCCGUGAAUACACACACAGUCCUUCCUGUCUGGUCCUUAGAAAAGCCGGGCUUCCAAAGGACUGUUGAACACUGAGGAUACUCUUGUUAAUGUGGAUGUUUGAUGAGUUGUAUUUUAAAUAUCAAAGAUUAUUAAAUAAAGAUAUUGUUUGCUUUUUUUUA